AUGGGCCCCUGUACCACCUCCUCAUGCUGCUGCCAGGCCCGUAAUCUGCCAUGGGCCCCCGUACCGACUCCUCAUGCUGCAGCCAGGCCCGUAAUCUGUCAUGGGCCCCUGUACCGCCUCCUCAUGCUGCUGCCAGGUCCAGAGUGUCUCAUGGGUCCCUGUACGGCCUCCCAUUGCUGCUGUCUCCAUCGCCACACUCUGCCAUGUGCCACUUUCAGGUCUCCUCACACUGCUGGUGGGUUCCAUUUUGUCAUAGGGUGCUGUAUGGCCUCCCAUUGCUGCUGCCUCCACCGCCACACUGUGGCUCCACACUCUGGUUUUGGCCCCGUGACUGCCCAAAUGAGUGAAGUGUGCGGUGAUUCUAAGAUCGACGGCACUCAUCUGCAUGUCAUACUGACUGACAGUAUUAGUUCUCUUCCCCAGCAGACUCCAAGGGCAUUUAAAUUAAAGGUACAGUGUUCUGCACUAAUAUAA